CGGGCUCGCUCGUAUUCACCAAAUAGGUACCUACAUCCCUAGACAAGCUGCAUGUCCCUCUGAUUUUCAUCUCUCCACUUGUCGUACGGCUGCAGCCGCUCAGACCUGAAAUCCGGAUCGAAGGACUCUCGAAACCUUUAGCGAAGCCGGAUUUUUGUUGCUUCAUGCACUUGCGUUGUUUCCUCUCCAUCAUCUACCAACCUCUUCAUCAUUAAAUGCUGGGCUUGUGAAUUGUCCGACAUCCCCUUGCCCUGGGGGCUGGACAUUCUUUGAAUUGUUCUCGAUAUCAUCAUCAUCGGAAUCAGAAUCAUCGCUCAUUCUUUCAUCAAGGGUGGUUUUUCAACCUCAGUGCUGUCUUGGGGGGAUCGCCACUGUCCUCGAUUUCGUCGUCAUCCCAGCCCCCGGCCCCAAACAAAGGAUCAACGAUGAAGAGGAGAUCAGAGCGUUCCACCGAUCGAAUUCCAAAACGUUUAUCAACACAUGACGAGCAUGAGUGGGCUUUACGAGGUUAUCGUCCUGAUCUAGCAAAUUCACCUCAAUCCCCCAACGAAGAUCCUCUGGGUGAGAUCGCCUACCAUCGAGCCUUUACCAGAAUCUCUGCAACAACACCAGGACGGGUCCCUAAUCCUUCAUUUUUUCCAAACUCCCCGACGGCGUCGCAGUUCGUGAAAUGGAAGGACCAAGUUCUCUUCUCACCCAAGCCCUCAGGUGACAGAAACUCCACCCAACGGCCAACUCCAGUAUUUCAUGCUCCCACCAAUAUACCCGAAAACCUGCCCUCCCCAGGAUACAGCGAGGAUCCUCCACAGGCAUACCGUUCAUUGAGCGGAGACAAGGCCAGGACCGGUGACUCCGGAUCGAGCACUCCAAAUGCGAACAGAGGCCGGCCGGCCUCUCCACAACCACUGAGGAUGCGAAUCGAUCAAACCCGCUCUCAGCCACAGACUCAAGUUGGGCCCGUGGCCAAAGACUUGCCAAACAUCAUGGAACCGAAAUUCAACUCUGGUCCUUCCGGCCCUGACAAGGUAUUUCGUUGACGAAACACAAGUAUCGGUACGAGCAGUGGCAUGAGUUCUAGUAUGGGCUCACUAGCACGAUUCUUUCCUCGGGCGAGACCGCACAUAUGCGAGGAUAACGCGGUGUAUCUAUCGACGUUCCGCGUCGUGCAGCAAACCAUGCGUGGGACAACAGUGUCGUUGGCAUGAUUCCAAAGACUCUAGGAAACUCAAACAAGAGCUGGCGUACAAGGGCCAAAUGGCGAAUGAUUUAAUGUACAAGCAACAUGUGAUGCAGGGAGUCGAGAAACAUGGGAGCAUCGGCAUAGCAGGACUAAUACAUUUCGACAGAGACUGUCGAACUUCAUUUGUUUCAUGGUGAGCGUUAAUUGUCGGUCAUCGUCCUGGAGGAGGAAACAUCGAUGACCUGGGUUGUGCCUUUUUUCCCUUUUCUUUAUCCAAGCCAUUUCCUGGGAAUUAGCGAUGACAGUAAAAUUUACAUUCGUUUCUAAAAGAA